ACAAGCCCACCUGAAACAAUCCAAGAAAUCGUCUGAAAUGUCGUCAUCCACCCGAGCUUGCAAGAUUCGCACCACAGGCCUCUUCAAGAAAGGCAACACCCUUCACCGCAUGUGUGGACCGAAGGUAGCUGUUGUGGUAGAAAUCGAUCGCAACAUUUACAGCUAUGUCUCUCACACCAAUUGGACGCCUGUUCAUCAGUUACUACGGUCUAUGGGAAUUCGCCAGGAAAACCUCCAUGGGCCCGAUCAUUUCGAUACUGUAGCCGAUCGUAAAGGAGCCCCUACCUCCUUCCCGUCCGGGGGCUCUAGUGAAAGUCAAGUGUCGUCCUCCUCUUUGUUAAAUACGCCGCUGCGGCAAUCUAUUGAUAGCGGCCGAACGGAAGAUCAUCCGAUCGACGAGCUAGUAUCGUCACUGACAAGGAAGGCGAAGGGUUCGCAGCUUCCACCUUUACAUCCAGCUACGGCUGAGAGUAAUCAUUGUAUCACGCCAGAUGUUCUGCAUGGGAAGGAACAGGGUGGGAGGGAUGGUUUUGGAGAUAUCGGGCAUAAGGCUGUCAUUGAUUGGCAAGGCUCGAAAACCUCUGACGAGCAACAGGCUAUUAGAAGACCGCCACAUCACGGUGAUCAAGGAACCAGAAAGAGAAAGAGAACAUGCUCAGAAGAUGAUCGACGCAGAAAGAUGGUGACACGAUCUCAGAAUUCUCGUCCACACUUUUAG